AUGAACACAAAGUUUCACAAAUAUCACGGGUCUAAUAUUAUUUUAUAUGAUAAUAAUACAGUUGCUCAUCGUAAAACAAGUUAUGCUAACGCAUUGACAUUCAGUGAAAGACCUUUAAAACCUGGUGAAAUAUUUUUGUUAGAAAUAGAAAGAACUGAAAGGGGAUGGACUGGAGAUAUAAGACUUGGUUUAACUCAAUUAAAUCCGUAUGAAGCACAAUCGGCGGGUUUACGUCUUCCACAGUAUGCUUUGCCAGAUUUAAUCACAAUGAAAUCCUCAUGGAUAUAUGCUAUCUCCAAAUCUUGUCAAAUAAUAAAUAAAUGUAAUGGAUCAUCUAGAGGAAGCAGAACGAUGCAAACCUCUCAUGGAUCUGUUUCAUUUAGUUCUUUGCAACCCUGUAAAUCAGAUUUAAAUGUUAAAAUCCUUCCCACUGAUGUUGGAAGCAGAAUAGGGAUUGUUUACAUUCCAAUGCCGAAAGUUGGUUUGCGUGAAACUGCUGAAUUACAUUUUAUUGUUAAUGGUGAGGAUCAAGGGGCUUUUGCCAAAGAUAUUCCUUUUACAGAAGGUCCACUUUAUGCUGUUAUCGAUGUUUACGGAUGCACAAAACAAGUUAGAAUAGUACAAGUUGAAUAUCAAGGUAAAAAAUAA